AUGGAUGGUCUCAUGUCAUCGCGAGUCCUGUCUCGCUUCUUGCCCGUUGCAGAGGGCGAUGUCUCCGUGUAUGAGGGCAUGCGACGGCAGGCUGCUCGACAUCCAGAUGUCGAAGCACAGCGGCACCGGCGUCCCCAUGAGCCUUUCCACGAUGAUGAAGAGGAGAACCCGGAGAAUUUCCUAUACGACGUGGACCAACAGACGCCUACAGACACAGGCCAGAGCCCAGAAAUGAUGGCAUCUACAUCGCGGCCGCAAGGGCAGGAUGCCAGGACAAAGAGACAGACAGUAGAUGAUGAAGAUGUGCCCGAGUCGUUGCUACUGGAGCCUAAAGCCCACAGAGCAACCAGUCGACCUGUCUCUAAGAACACGAUGGACUCCAAGAUUGCUCGGGCAGAGGCGCAGUGGAGAGCAACACAAGAACAACAAGGCCUACACCACUCCAGAGCACCGAGGUCUGCUCGGCCUACCUCGCGGCCUUCGCAAGGCGCAGCGCCUCCCCAAAAUGUCAGCGUCGACCCGCGAGCAAAUGCCAUGUGGUUGUACACCAACGCGACGAAUUUGGACAACUUCUUGGUGGAAGUCUACCAGUACUUCCAGGAGCACGGCUUUGCCUCGAUUCUGCUCGCCCGCAUCAUAAAACUUAGUACAGAAGCCUUCGUCUUUGGCUUUGCGAUGUUUCUCACCACUUGUAUCGAUUACUCCAAGAUCCCGACAAGCAAAUCGACAACGGAGGUAAUGAUACCAAAGUGCAUGGCCAAGGCCUCCUGGAUCAAGAGUGCCGCGCUGUUCUUUUUCAUCAUCUACCUGCUGAACACGCUUUUCUCACACAUCGGCGAUAUCGGGAGGCUGCGAAGGAUGCGCGACUUUUACGUCCACGUGCUUGGAAUCACUGAAGACGACAUUCAAACCGUAUCGUGGGUACGAGUUGUGGACGGUCUGGUGAAGAUUCAGAACGCCAAUAUGGCCACUGCCAAUCCUUCCGCUCAAGUCAGGAAGUACUUGGAUUACCACGAUGUACAGCAAAGGCUGAGUGCCGAAAGCAUCGCCAACAGGCUUAUGAGGCGGGCAAACUACUACGUCGCAAUGUACAACAAGGAUAUCAUCGAUUUCAGCCUACCUUUACCAUGGGUAGGAAUGCGUCAAUUCUAUUCGAAGAGCUUGGAAUGGGCAAUCGAGUUCUGUCUCACCAACUUCAUCUUCGACGAGAAGGGGGGCAUUCGAGUGUUUUGUCUCGAUGUGAAGAAUCGGAGCGCCCUGGUAACCACUUUGAGGACACGGCUCAGGACCGUGGCUCUCAUCGGCAUCUUCGUGGCACCUCUUAACAUCAUCCGCUUCUGCGUCCUUUACUUCUUCAGGUACUAUACCGAGUUCACGAAGAACCCUUCGCGAGCUUCAGCGCGGGCUUUCACACCGCACGCAGAAUGGAAGAUUCGUGAAUUCAACGAGCUGGACCACCUUUUCCAACGCCGUAUUCGACAGGCUGCGCCUUUCGCGAAUGAUUACCUCAGGCAAUUUCCCAAAGACAAGACCGACCAACUUGCCCGCUUCGUGGCGUUCGUCAGCGGCGCUAUUGCGGCUGUCCUUGCAUUGGCAACGCUGUUCGAUCCUGAGCUCUUCCUAGGAUUCGAAGUCACUCCAGGCCGCACAGCCGUCUUCUGGUUAACUGUGACAAGUGUCAUCUUCACUGUUGCCCAAGGAUCUCUACCAGAUGACAACGAGGUUCAUGACCCGGUACUGCAUCUCAAGGAAGUUCUGUUGUACACGCACUACAUGCCCGGCCAUUGGAAAGAACGCUUGCACAGUAAUGAGGUGCGGGAAGAGUUCUCAGCUAUGUUUCAAUUAAAGGUCGUCAUCUUCGUGGAGGAGAUCUUGAGCCUUAUCGUCGCUCCAUGGAUCCUUUGGCGAAACUCUACGUUGCAGAGCGAGCGCAUAAUCGACUUCUUUAGGGAGCAGACUGUGCACGUGGAAGGCAUCGGAUAUCAGUGCAAUUUUGCCGUGUUUGGCUUCAAGAAAGAUAGUAAUGCUGAGGAUCCAACGCAGGUCCUUGCCGAGGGUGACGGGUUGCGCGAUGAUUACUAUGGGGUCAAAGACGACAAGAUGGCGCAAUCCGUGCAGAACUUCGCCCAGUACUACAGCCAUUACAAUCAUCGUCCAGGCCAUCGUCGAGUCCAGGGUUGGCAACCGCCGCCUGCAUGGCCACCGGUAAUAUCGCCUCCCUCCAUUGCCGAGGAACCCGGUCCUUCGACUGGAGGAGUAAGGCGGACUCCACCAAACGCGAGGAAGUCUACGACUUUGCCAGACCGUCAUCUGCACUCUGCUUCAGUGCUGCACUUGCCUCACCAGACUGCCCGCGGCUUUACGCCUCGUCGAGGCAAGCCGCAGCGAUCUGACGAGACAACUAGGCAUGGCGUUGCUGAGAACCGGCUCAUGGCGCAGGAUAGCGACCUGCAGGACUAUGCAGAUGCUCCAGGGGCGGCAGACCAACUGGACAGCGACACUGAUGAUGACGAAGGAGCAUAUCAUGGUCCCACUGGAGCGAAUGCGGGCGUUCUAGGAAUGUUGGCGCAGUAUUCGAAGGCGCAAAAUGAUAAAGGACCUGGAAUAGUUAACAUUUGA